CUCAUGCAUGAUUCGAAACAUCCUAGCCAACACCUGUCUGGGAUUUUCGCACCGGUGCACGAAGAAACUCCGCCUCAACCAAAUCUCUUGUUAAAGGAUACCUUCCCGUAAGAACGAAUAAUCAUCCGGCACAUGAAGGAUUGAAUGUAGAGUUGCUAAUGGUCGGUCCAAAUCCCAAGUUUAAGCCUGUCGCUGGAUAUCACUGGUACGAUGGAGACGGAAUGGUUCAUGGUUUGCGAAUUAAAGAUGGAAAGGCAACAUAUGUUUCACGCUACGUAAGGACAUCUCGUCUUAAGCAGGAAGAAUAUUUUGGUGAAGCGAAAUUUAUCAAGAUUGGAGAUCUUGAAGGACUAUUUGGAUUGUUAAUGGGUAGAAUGUUUCAUAUGGAUGGGGACAGAGUAGGUUUUCCAUUGACAAUUUUCUAUUUACUAGUAUUUUCCUUUUAUAAAGAAGAAGUUUGUAUUCUUAAAAAAGACAAUUACUCCGGACAAAUCCGUCCAUUGAGGUUAUACCAAAACCGCAUAGACAUAUGAAAAGAUGAGGUCGUCCAUUGAGGUUAUACCAAAACCGCAUAGACAUACGAAAAGAUGAGGUUAUACCAAAACCGCAUAGACAUAUCAAAAGGUGGGCCUUGUGCCCCAGAAAAACAGAUGAUUUCAUAUGUGGAUUUAAGACUGCACAGGAACCGGAUCGGAAUCGGAAAACCAGACCGGCACCGGUAAAUUUGGACCGGAACCGGGAAAAACGGUACAGCAACGGGAAUAAGUUUUAGAACCGGUGUAGAGGGGAACAUGUACUGGUUCGCGGCCUAUUCCCGGCAGUACCGUACCGAAAAAACCGGUUAAUCCUUACUAUGGGUGUAAAUAAAUCCUAACCUUCCAUUCUAGGUAUUGACACUCUUCUUUGCUUCUUUUUCUUCUUCGGUGCUGUUAUCUAAUACUCCCCAAGACUCAGACGCAGAGAAAAAAGAAAAAAAAUUGAAAGAAGAAGCCAUGGGAUGGUUUUCCUGUUAUGGGAAAUCAGAUAAGAAAGCAAAGCUCGAGAAAUAACCAUUUGAAAUCAAAUCCUAAGAAACAACCCAUAGAUCAGAUCCAUUUUAAGUCUACAGGUACGUCUAUCUGAUUUCUACUGUUGGGAGAUUACUUAUAUGGAUGAACGAUGAGUUGAAGAAGUAGAAGUUUGGUUUAAGCUCGGUUUAAAUCCAGAAAAAGAUUGUUGAUAUAGCCAAAAUUGUAAGGGGAUCUGAAGCUGUUAUGGUUUAUUGGUGGUUGAAAUUGUGAGGUUUGAUUUUGCAUGUAUUGUGUUUUACUAAUUUGGAUUAUUUCUUUUCUCCAAUUUGAAGAAUUAUCAUGAUUUUGGUUUU